GUUGGUAAAGUGGGAAAAAUUUGAAAUCGAAAUUGGGAAAUUUUCCAAUUUCCCACCCAAAAGAAACCGCCUUUUGGUCUGACCACAUUUAAAACAAACCGAAACCCGCUCCAUAUUCACGACCCGCUUUGGAUAAAAUACGCACACUCUCCUCCAAAACUUCUUUCCCUCUUAAUUUUCCUAUCUCUACAGUUCCCUUCCUUCUUCAGCUUCCCGAGAACCCUUCAAACAGAAAUGGCGGGCAAAGGCGGGAAGGGGCUUUUGGCAGCGAAAACCACAGCAGCUAACAAGGACAAGGAGAAGGAGAAGGACAAGAAGAGGCCUGUUUCCCGUUCAUCUCGUGCUGGUAUCCAGUUUCCGGUGGGUCGAAUUCACAGGCAGCUGAAAUCCAGAAUUGCAGCACAUGGCCGCGUUGGAGCCAAUGCUGCCGUGUACUUGGCCUCAAUCCUUGAGUACCUGACAGCUGAGGUUCUCGAGUUGGCUGGAAAUGCAAGCAAAGAUCUCAAGGUGAAGAGAAUCACACCAAGGCAUCUGCAACUGGCCAUUAGGGGAGAUGAAGAGCUUGACACUCUCAUCAAAGGAACCAUCGCUGGUGGUGGUGUCAUCCCCCACAUUCACAAGUCCCUCAUCAACAAGACCUCCAAGGAGUGAUGAAGCUGAUGAUUUUUAAUUGGGUUAUCUCCACUGAUGUUUGUGUUUAAUAUGACGACUCUGUUUUAGUUUGGUAUUUUAGUAGUUGUUUAGGUUAGCUGGGUUUGUUAGUAGUAGUACAUAUGGGCAAUCUGGUUGUUUGUCCUUUCGAACUGGUAGCACUUUGUUCAUGUUUAUGUGUUUUGUUGGAUAGUUUUAAGUUUUAACCAGGAUUCAUCUCUGUCUUUAUUGAACGUUCUGUCUUUUAAUUUGUGCUUUUGGUUGCUGUUAAAUGAUUGUUGCAAAUGAAAGUUCCUUGUACUGAGGCAAAAGAUUAA